AUGUCGCAACCGCCUGUCAUCAUCGUGGGUGCAGGCAUCACAGGUCUGGUGCUGGCGCAAGCCCUCAAGAAGCACUCCGUCCCUUUUAUUGUCUACGAGAGGGACCCCGAUCCGUUGUAUCGGGGUAAGGGCUGGGGUAUCACCAUCCAUUGGGCCCUCAAUUCGCUGAUGGAAUGUCUACCUCAGCACAUCUCCGAUCGUCUGCCAGAGGCAUAUGUGGACCCUGAAGCGACCCGCAACGGCGAGAACGGACACUUUUUAUUCUUCAACUUGCGCACCGGCGAGGCUCUUUGGCAAGUGCCGCCCAGUAAGAGAAUUCGGAUGGCCCGUGAGAAGUUCCGAAGACUUCUUAUGGACGGUAUCGAAGUCCAGUGGAACCACACCUUCGACUCUUUUGGCCCGGUAGAUGAUGGCACUGUGAAAGCGACUUUCACCACUCCCAAUGGAACACAUAUGAUAGAGGGCGCGAUAGUUAUCGGAUGCGACGGCUCCCAUUCACGCGUUCGAGCUUCACUAUUUCCUAGCCCAUCAAUGCACGAGAAUUACCGUUUGCCGGUCCGACUUCUCGGUGUGAGUACUAUCUACCCCGGCGAGCUUGCCGCCAAAAUGCGCAAAUUAGAUCCCUUUUUCUUCCAAGGUGGCGACCCACUCACGAAUGCAUCCCAUUGGUUUUCAUUUCUGGACAGUGUAGAGACAAGCGGCCGGGGUGAUGAUAGCCGAGACUGCCAGAUCCUCGUCUCGUGGCCGCACCGCCGAGGCUUUUUAGGUGAAGAUGCGCCAUUGGACGUUCCUGCAGAUAGCCAUGACCGUGUGGCAUUCAUGAAGAGGGUGGCCAGCGGCUGGGCUGAACCAUUUCAUGAGAUUGUCCAAUCCAUACCGGAAGAGGCGCAGCCAAAGACAAUAUCGCUCGAAGACUGGGUGCCACCACGCGAUCAAUGGACGACUGUCCCUGGAUCAGACCAUGUCGUGCUAGUUGGUGAUUCUGCGCAUGCCAUGACUAUGUACAGAGGCGAGGCUGCAAACCACGGUAUUUUGGAUGUGGAAUCGCUCCUGUCAGCGAUUCUGCCAGUUCUGAGGCCAAAAUAUGAUGGUCUUGGAGAGCACCUGAGGGAGGCGUGUAAGAUCUACACACAGGGAAUGGUUGAGAGGACAGCGCCAGCAGUCCUGAAAAGUCGGCAGGCGUGCUUAGAUGCGCAUACUUACAAAAGGAUCAAUGAUGACAGUCCUUUGAUACAGAGAAGGGCUGCUGCUGUACAGGAGCCGAUGCUUGAGCGUGAACCUGUUUUGGCUGCUUAA